AUGAAGGCCUCUCUCGCCUUGGCCGCUGCGUCGGCUGCGCUCGCCAACGCCGUCGCUACCCCAGUUCAGAUCAGGGCCGACAGUAGCUCUUCCGGCUCCGUUCCAACUGUGACCGUCAAGGGAAACGCUUUCUUCGCUGGCGACAAGCGCUUCUACAUCCGUGGUGUCGACUACCAGCCUGGUGGCUCUUCCCAGGCCGAAGACCCCAUCGCAGACACCGACAAGUGCCAGAGAGACAUUGCUGAGUUCAAGAAGCUGGGCAUCAACACCGUCCGUGUCUACACGGUCGACAACACCGCCAACCAUGACGAGUGCAUGAACGCGCUGGCAGCUGCUGGCAUUUACCUCGCGCUGGACGUGAACACCCCCAAAUACUCCAUCAACCGGGCCGACCCAGCUGUCUCAUACAACGACAUGUACCUCCAGAGCAUCUUCGCCACCAUCGAUGCCUUCCAGAAGUACGACAACACGCUGCUCUUCUUCUCCGGAAACGAGGUCAUCAACGCCGAUAACAACACCAACUGCGCUCCUUACAUCAAGGCCGUCACCCGUGAUAUGAAGUCCUACAUCCAGAGCCGUGGUUACCGCUCCGUCCCUGUCGGCUACUCCGCCGCCGAUGUCGAGAGCAACCGCUACGAGAUGGCUUCCUACAUGAACUGCGGUACUGACGACCAGCGAAGUGAUUUCUUUGCUUUCAACGACUACUCGUGGUGCGACCCUUCAUCCUAUCAAAAAUCUGGCUGGGACCAGAAGGUGCAGCAAUACGGCAAUUACAGCAUCCCGCUCUUCCUGUCUGAAUACGGCUGCAUUACGAAUCAGCGUAAGUUUGAGGAAGUCGAGGCACUCUACGGUGACCAGAUGACCCCGGUCUACUCUGGCGGUCUCGUCUACGAGUACUCGGAGGAGGGCAGCGGCUACGGUCUUGUUAAGAUCAACGGCAACUCCGUGACGGAGACUUCCGACUUCCAGUCUCUCAUGCAAGCCUACAAAAACACCAACCCACAGGGUGACGGUGGCUACAAGGAGGACGGCAAGGCCAGCGAAUGCCCAUCCGAGAGUAGCACUUGGGAGGUCAAGGAUUUCUCCGGCCAAGAGCUUCCCGACAUGCCAAAGGCUGCUCAGAGCUUCCUCAAGGAUGGUGCUGGCAAGGGUCCAGGUCUCCAGGGCAAGGGCAGCCAGUCUGGAAGCGACACUUCUGGUGGCCAGUCUACAGGUACCGCCACCGCAGGUAGUGGCAGCGUCACCGCCCAGGCCUCGGGCUCAUCAGGCUCGGGCUCUGCAAGCUCUUCUUCCGCCGCCGCCAGCCCUCUUCUCUUGGGCGAGGUUGGAUACACUCCGUUCAUCUGCUCUGGAUUCGUGGCUCUCUUCACCAUGUUCGGCAUGAUCCUCGUGUAA